UUUUUUUCUUCUUGAAGACGAAAGACGGACUGGGGAUGUUUUCAAACCCAGCAAUAAACUGGACGUCAUACAGCCCUUAGGCUAGCUACUGUUAAUGUUCAGUAUUUUGGGGAAAUUACUGUUUUACAGCUACGUAGUUAUAUCUUCAGGAUCUGAAAACGAAUGAACAGGCAGAACCUGAUCGCUAUUGAAAAGGUCCAUGAUGACUGUGCUGGGCCGUAGCUAGUCACGCGGUGCGAGGGAGGGCGGCCAAGAUGGCGGCCGUACCACCAGCACAAUGCACCAUGGCCAAACCUGGGACAGACCGAGAUGGAGCCAUGGGCACGAAGAAGAACAAAGAUAAGAUUUCCCCGUUCACCAAGACUCUGAAGCUGGACCGGAGUAAGAUGUUGGGGGUUAAGGAAGGAAAACCACCCAAGUCUUCCAUGAAACGCAAACUGUCCUUCACCAUGAGCCCCCCUUGCAACGAGGAGAGACACUCGGACACAGAUGAGUCAGUCCCAGACCAGUCCACUGAGUCGUGGGGAGAGUCUGAGGGGAGGUUAGUGACUCCCUGCAGGAUGUACUCAGCAGAUAAAGAUGGGCCGGAUAAGAAGAAGGUCAAGAAGGAGUCUGGGGGGAGUAAGAAGGCCCCGGUUAAUCUUCUGUUUGGAUAUCCGCUGUCUGAACGCAAGCAGAUGGCCUUACUGAUGCAAAUGACCGCCAUGGACAACAGCCCAGACUCGACCCCUAGCCACCCGUCCCAGGCCCACCCGAUGCAGAAGAAGCUCCCCAGCAGCACGGCCUCCAGAGCGAGGGACAAGGUGAACAAGAGGAACGAGCGUGGCGAGACGACGCUACACAUGGCCGCCAUACGAGGGGACGCCAAACAGGUCAAGGAGCUUAUCAGCCUCGGGGCUGACGUCAACAUUAAAGACUUCGCAGGCUGGACGCCCCUUCACGAGGCGUGUAACCUUGGUUUCUUCGACGUGGCCAAGGUCCUGAUUGCAGCCGGAGCAGAAGUCAACACUCAGGGUCUGGAUGAUGACACUCCGCUUCACGACGCCUCCAGCAGUGGACACACAGACAUUGUGAAGCUGCUGCUGACACACGGAGGAAAUGCGUUCCAGGCCAACAAGCGAGGGGAGCGGCCUGUCGACGUAGCCGAUUCUCAGGCGCUGGAGCUCCUCCUAAAGGGAGAGGUGCCCCUCUCCGACCCAGAGGAUAGCCUCCCCUCAGAGUCAGAAGGCCCUCCGUCGGUGAACCCCUCCAGCGUGGACGUUGAUGACGACAACCUGGAUGACUCGGAAAAGGACUCUGACGGAAAACAGAGCACCGUGAAGGCCUCAUCCUCCAUGUCCGGCCUGGAUGAGUACGAGUUCAAAGACGAAGAGGACUUGAGUAAAGCCCUGAACGAUCGACACAUCCUCCGGAGAGAGCUGAGGGAGAAGGAAAGGAAUCAUUUGGUGAAGCAGAGCAAUAAAGGGGACGGGAGCGGCUCAGUCCAGUCCUCUAAGUCUAAGAAGACGAAGACGUCGUCCCGUGUUCGCUACUGCAGCUCGGAUAGUUCCAGUGAUGAGAUGGAGAUGCCAAAAGAGAGAAGGAGCUCUCCGACCUGCUCCAACGGCUCUGAGGGACACAAGGCGUCAGAAGCCAGCAGGACUAAGAAAGAGAACCUCUGCAGCCUCACGACUUCCGAACAAAAAGACAAAAACAGCAAAGUCAAGAAAAAGAACAAGAACCAGAGCAAGAACAAGGAGAACCAAGAGGACGAGAAGGAGAACAGCAAAGCUCUGGUGUUUUCCGUAGCCACCGUGUCUGUGUCGGAGACACACAUGGACAAGAACAGCCGAGGACUCUGUGGGGACGAGGACUCGUUCAAGAUCUCCUUCAGUCCCAAGGACGACUCAUCCGUCCACCUUUUCCACCUGUCCGCCACCGUCAAGUCCCCGAAGCUCAACCACGGCCUGGCCGACAAGCAGCCGUCCUCCAACCCGCUCAAACAAGAGAACGCCAAGAUGACGUGCGUCUCGAUUGCCGAAGGCCCCUGUCCGCCGGAUGAUGUCAAGUACAACCACUACAACCCAGAGUCUGAGUUCUGCACGGAGAGCUCCAGUAGUAAAGGCUGCAAGCACAAGGAGAAGAGCAAGCACCAGCGGAAGGACGUCGCCGUGGACUGUAGUGUUGGGGGUGGCGGCUCCAGUCCGCAUAAUAAAGAACGCAGCGUGGCCCACGGUGUGAACAGCUCUGACGGCGGUGCCUUACGGAAGACCGACAAAGAUGGCAAAGUGGUCAAAAAACAUAAACUAAAACACAAGGAGAAGAACAACCACUGCAGGGAGUAUGAGGCGGACAGGGAGAGGAACCGCCACCGGCAGAAGGAGGGCGGCAGGAAGGACGGCCAAAGGAACCAGGAGUUCGACAGGGAGUUCUGGAAAGAGAACUUCUUCAAUGAUGACGAACCUCUGCCUCCAGGGAAAACUGAGAGCGAGACCGAGAGGGAGGACGGCUCUCCUGUGAAGGAAGAGAAAUACCCCUCUAGCAGCAGCAAGGAGACGAGGCUGAGAGAGGUGCAAGAGAAGGAUAAAGACAAGGUGGGGAAGGAAACCGCUGCUGUCUGUAAAGAGAAAGGAGGAAAAGAUGGGAAGCCCAGUGAGCGUGAGGAGAGGACCGAGUGCCUCAGCUCUGGACGGACUACCUCUCUUCCUGAGGAGACGCAGGAUAACACUACAAGCGUGAAAAAUGAACCGGAGGAUAAACCGGUAACGGAGACCACGUCUACGGCUGCUCUAGACCGACUGGAUGCGUCUGAGAAAGACCAGCGGGACAAAUCUGACAGGAGGCCUUCUGUAAAGGAACGGGAGACUGAAAAGACUGAUAAAAAGAAUCCCGAUAAGGACAAGAAGGUUAAGAUGGAGCAUCUGGAGAAAUCAGAGAAUUCACAAAAUUCCAUGGAUCGCUGGAGGGAGAAGGAGAGGAUGGCGUCUGGCUCAUCUCAUUCGUCCCCUGGUGACAAGAACCACAAAGAGAGCGAAAGGCUCAGAGCCUCGUCCACGACAAAAAAACACGAGGAGAGCAAGGACAAGAAGAGCAAAGAGAAGCCGGACAAGAAGAGCGAGAGGGAGAGGGAGUACAGAGACAAAGACAGGAUAGGCUGGGAUAACAAAGGAAAACCACCUUCAGAGAAAUACACUGAUCAAAGUAAAUUGGAUCGUGCUAAGGAGAAAGACAAAGACUGCGAUAAGAAGAAAAGGGAAAAAUCUAAAGACGGCUCUUCAUCUUCCUCCAGCUCUAACCUGAAGCUCCCCUUGGAGGAGAAGAAAGGCUAUGUGUCUGAAAGUGGCAAGACUACACCAGCAAAACUGCUAAAGGAGGAGGUCCUGAAAACGCCAGAGAAAGACAGAGACCGAAGAGACAGAGAAUCCAGAGACUUUGACCGGCACAGAGAUCGAGACAAAGAUCGUCACAAGAGCGACAAGGACCGUUUCAAGGAGGGUAGCAAGGCCUGUAAGACCAAAUCCAACGAGACUGAGACUGACCGAGACAACAGGUCCAAAGCUAAAGCCUCGCCUGCCACUCGGGAAGAGAAACGCCCCAAAGAGAAACGCCUGGUCAACGAGGACCUGAGGCAGACCAGCUUCGAACGCAUGCUGAGUCUAAAGGACCAGGAGAUUGAACAGUGGCACCGGAAGCAUCUAGAAAAGAUCAAACAGAAGGAGAGAGAGAGGAUGAAACAACGACCCUCCUCUACGACGACAGACCCAGGGAAGCUCAAAAGCAAAGCCAAGACGACGUCCUUGUCUUCUGGAGAACCGUGUUCGAGCAAAGAACUGCUUCGCUCUAAAAGCUCCGAAGGCUCUGGCGACGCUCAUGGCCGGGACCGAGACAAACCUAUAAAGGAGAGCACCAGCUCCAGGACCAUGUCCCUCGACGGGAAGACACUCACCUCCCUCAGUGGGAAGUUGAUGGCUGGUAUUGAGAACAGCUUGAGCAGGUCCCCCAGGCCGGAGAGCGAGCGGUCGGGUCUCAUGUCCAGGUCCGUGUCCAUGUUCUCCAUGGCCAGUUCUGAGGACUCCUGUCAGGCAACCGUGUUGACGCCGAGACCCGUAGAGUACGACUCGGAUAUGACCCUGGAAGCCUCCCAGGACUCUCAGCCGCUUUUCCUACUGUCUUCCCUCCUCUCACAGUCUAGAUCACCUGUCGUUCUCGACAAAGACCACAACGGUCUUCUAGACUCAGCGCAAGGUAACAGGACUCCGCUGCACAGCCGACACACUUCCCCCUACCUUAUAGCUAUUCUGGACGAGGACUCAAACUCUGCGACAGCAAGUAAACAUUUUGAAACUCUGUCAAAGGGUGGCGUGGUGCCUUCUGCUCAACCAAAUGAAGAGCCUUCAAGUUUUCAGCUUCCUUCAGAAACCUGUGCAGAUCCGGAGGAGAGCCAGAGUCAAAAGGGUCCUAUUCAGAUGCUUCCAAAUCUCCCUAACGCAAGAACAUAUGCCGAUCUCAACACUGAGAGUGAAGGUAACACCGCUCCAAGAAGAAAUGCAGAUCUCAACACUGAGAGUAAAGGUAACACCGCUCCCGGUGUCCAUCUUCCACCUCAAGCGUCCAACACCAGAGAUCCUCUUGUAAAGGACUCCUCAACACUUCAGCAGGCUAGUGUCCCACAGCUAGCUACAUCAGAACAGAGAGGGUUUUCUUCCACCUCCACCUCCGAUCCUCUCCUAAUACGGGACGUCCAGUGUAUCCCCGUGGAGACCUUCACUGCGGCGCCUGAAUGUAGCACGAAGUACUUGCCCUCUGAGGACAUGACGCCACUGGUGACAUUAUCUUCUCUAUCCUGUCAACUUCCGUUCUCCAGCACCGAAACCACCUCAUCUCUCUCUGCUAGCCAGUUAUGGGAAACCCUUCCAAACACCGGUAUGGUGACCUCACAGCAGAUGAAGACAGAGAUUGGUGGAGCUUUGGCUCUUGAUCCUAAAGAUAAAACUCCAUUUGAGAGUGCAGCCAGCAGCGCUGAAAGCAGAGCAGCUGUAGAGAGCCUCGACAGUGUGUUAGGAGCGUCUAGACCAGGAUGGAUGGACAACCCAAUAGUCUCCACUAGCAGCACAGAAACACCACCCGGUGUUAGUACAGAGGAGUCCAUGCAGAGUGCUGGUAGAACCAAUGAAUGUCAAGAGGACAUGGACACUGACGCAAGCGUCCAGGAUUGUAAGCAAUCCAGAUUCUCCAGUGACGUUGUCGAUUCCGGCGAUCUUCAGCCGGGAAAAAACGAUCAUGCUAGCCAGCAUACACCAUCUACUGUGUUGCGAUGGCCGUGCCUUGAACACAAAUCGGAAGAAACUUCUGAUACAUCUGACAACACAUUGGAGAAGAGCAGAGGUCCUGAGGUCAUGUCAACAGGAAGGACUAGUUGUCAAUCUUCAUCAGAGGGCAGUAAUAUGGUCCCCAUCCCUGAGGUGAAACCAGAGCCAUGCCCAGAGCCAAUGGAAGUGGCUUCUACCUCUGAGGAGAGAUCAGAAGGACAGACACUGUCCGGUUCUUCUGGACAGUGUAGUAACUUCCAGCAAGGCUCCCAGACAGACCAGAGUGGUAGUUACAGCAGCAGUGGGGUCUCUGCUAGCUCUUCGCCCCAGUCUGGGGACAGAGACUCUGACUCCUCCGGGGCUAAGGCCAAGGUCCGCUCCGUAACCAUCGAGGAUGGCCAGGACGUCCAGCAGACCCACCCCAGGAAGAGGAAAAUGCCAAGGAUGUCUACCUCAAACCAGGCCGGAGGCAGCACACAACAGGAGAAGCCUCAGCCGUCUCUGGCGUCCAUCGUUGACUCUCUGAAGCUGGAGGAGAUUCAGCCGUACCAGACGGAGAGGGCCAACCCUUACUACGAGUUCCUGCACAUCCGCAAGAAGAUCGAGGAGAAGCAUAAAGUGUUGCUGAGCGUCAUCCCCCAGCCGCCGCAGUAUUACGACGAAUACAUGACGUUUACUGGAUCGUACCUGCUAGACGGGAACCCGUUCGGCAAACUCUGUAUUCCAACUAUAACUCCCCCUCCGUCUCUUCCGGACCAACUGAAGGAGAUGUUUAAACAACAGGAGAUUGUUCGUAUGAAGCUACGGUUGCAACACAGCAUUGAACGGGAAAAGUUAAUCGUUUCCAACGAACAGGAAGUGUUACGAGUUCACUACCGGGCUGCCAGAACACUAGCCAAUCAGACGCUCCCGUUUAGUGCGUGCACCGUGCUAUUGGACGCCGAGGUGUACAACAUGCCGCAGGAUCCCCAGCCGUGUGGCAUGAUGUCACGUUCUGUAGAAUCAGGUGACCAAGAUGGCAAGACGUCUGUGAGGGAUCGUUUCAACGCCCGCCAGUUUAUGUCCUGGUUGCAAGACGUGGACGACAAGUUCGAUAAACUCAAGACGUGUCUUCUGAUGCGGCAGCAGCACGAGGCAGCAGCUCUUAAUGCGGUCCAGCGUCUCCAUUGGCAGCUGAAACUCCAGGAGCUGGAUCCAGUCAUGUACAAGUCCACCUCCAUCUUCGAGAUACCCGAGUUCUACAUCCCCCUGGUAGAGGUCAACGACGACUUUGACCUCACGCCCAUAUGACCCGUGACCUUUAGGCUACACGACCCACGGUAAGGGUCAGGCAGAGGACUGAUGAGGACGGAUCAUCUAGUGGCCAUCUACCUCUAACAGGGAUGAAGUGAUGGAGGGGGUCACAUGUUAGAAGGAAUGAAGUAGAGAGAAGCAAGGUCAAGCACUGAAGUUGACGGAACUUGGAUAGAGGGCACGGCUCUUGGGGGUGCGUGGUAGAGGGCACGGCUCUUGGGGGUGCGUGGUAGAGGGCACGGCUCUUGGGGGUGCGUGGUAGAGGGCACGGCUCUUGGGGGUGCGUGGUAGAGGGCACGGCUCUUGGGGGUGCGUGUUAGAGGGCACGGCUCUUGGGGGUGCGUGGUAGAGGGCACCGCCCUGUGGAGACGGCCAUCCCUCUGCCCGCUGCACCUUCCUCACCAGGCAGGGUUACGAAAAAAAGAAUUAAAUUCUACUUUUGUUUUCAAGUGCGUUUUGUUCAAUACAUAAUGUACAGACUUGUGCUCUUAAUUAUUAUUUUUUAACUUAUUUUCUACGUAAAGAUUUGCAUUUGUAAAUAACCCAUGUAAUUAUGGUUUUAAACUUGUACAGGAAAAAUAAAGUAAUAGAUAUUUUAAUCGUAAAAGGUUAUGUUUUGUCUGGACCAAAGUUGGUUUUUAUAUCGAGUCGGUCUCAAGUUCCUUGUCGUUAUUAUUGUUAACGUCGAUGUUAUUGACUCUUUAAGCAUGUGUUGGAUCCGAUUUGGUUCUAUUGUUUCUUCCGUCUCCAUUUCCCCUCUGGACUGCAGUUGGACUGGACUGCACCACAACCAGGUGUUAAUUCUAAUGCAGUUGGAUCCACACACCAGGUGUUAAUUCUAAUGGGAGUUGGAUCCACACACCAGGUGUUAAUUCUAAUGCAGUUGGAUCCACAACCAGGUGUUAAUUCUAAUGGGAGUUGGAUCCACAACCAGGUGUUAAUUCUAAUGGGAGUUGGAUCCACAACCAGGUGUUAAUUCUAAUGGGAGUUGGAUCCACACACCAGGUGUUAAUUCUAAUGCAGUUGGAUCCACAACCAGGUGUUAAUUCUAAUGGGAGUUGGAUCCACACACCAGGUGUUAAUUCUAAUGGGAGUUGGAUCCACACACCAGGUGUUAACUCUAAUGGGAGUUGGAUCCACACACCAGGUGUUAAUUCUAAUGGGAGUUGGAUCCACACACCAGGUGUUAAUUCUAAUGGGAGUUGGAUCCACACACCAGGUGUUAAUUCUAAUGGGAGUUGGAUCCACACACCAGGUGUUAACUCUAAUGGGAGUUGGAUCCACACACCAGGUGUUAAUUCUAAUGGGAGUUGGAUCCACACACCAGGUGUUAAUUCUAAUGGGAGUUGGAUCCACACACCAGGUGUUAAUUCUAAUGGGAGUUGGAUCCACAACCAGGUGUUAAUUCUAAUGGGAGUUGGAUCCACAACCAGGUGUUAAUUCUAAUGGGAGUUGGAUCCACAACCAGGUGUUAAUUCUAAUGGGAGUUGGAUCCACAACCAGGUGUUAAUUCUAAUGGGAGUUGGAUCCACAACCAGGUGUUAAUUCUAAUGGGAGUUGGAUCCACACACCAGGUGUUAAUUCUAAUGGGAGUUGGAUCCACACACCAGGUGUUAAUUCUAAUGGGAGUUGGAUCCACACACCAGGUGUUAAUUCUAAUGGGAGUUGGAUCCACACACCAGGUGUUAAUUCUAAUGGGAGUUGGAUCCACACACCAGGUGUUAAUUCUAAUGGGAGUUGGAUCCACACACCAGGUGUUAAUUCUAAUGGGAGUUGGAUCCACACACCAGGUGUUAAUUCUAAUGGGAGUUGGAUCCACAACCAGGUGUUAACUCUAAUGGGAGUUGGAUCCACAACCAGGUGUUAACUCUAAUGGGAGUUGGAUCCACACACCAGGUGUUAAUUCUAAUGGGAGUUGGAUCCACACACCAGGUGUUAAUUCUAAUGGGAGUUGGAUCCACACACCAGGUGUUAAUUCUAAUGGGAGUUGGAUCCACACACCAGGUGUUAAUUCUAAUGGGAGUUGGAUCCACACACCAGGUGUUAAUUCUAAUGCAGUUGGAUACACACACCAGGUGUUAAUUCUAAUGGGAGUUGGAUCCACACACCAGGUGUUAACUCUAAUGGGAGUUGGAUACACACACCAGGUGUUAAUUCUAAUGGGAGUUGGAUCCACACACCAGGUGUUAAUUCUAAUGGGAGUUGGAUCCACACACCAGGUGUUAAUUCUAAUGGGAGUUGGAUCCACACACCAGGUGUUAAUUCUAAGUUGUGGUUUUUGGGAUGCUGUGCCAUGCUGUUGUCGUUGCAGGCUGGUACCUUUUACUCCCUGAUCCCAGAAGAAGCUGUACCGUGGACUGUUCUGAUUUUAUUGAAGGUUUAACCGAAGUCAUUCGUCAUCAUUCACUCCCCUCGUUUGCAACAAAAGAGUGCGUCUGAAAUGGCAACCUAUUCCCUAUAUAGUGCACUACUUUUUAUCAGGAACCUACAGUGGGGAGAAGAAGUAUUUGAUACACUGCCGAUUUUGCAGGUUUUCCUACUUACAAAGCAUGUAGAGGUCUGUCAUUUUUAUCAUAGGUACACUUCAACUGUGAGAGACGGAAUCUAAAACAAAAAUCCAGAAAGUCACAUUGUAUGAAUUUUAAGUAAUUAAUUUGUAUUUUAUUGCAUGACAUAAGUAUUUGAUCACCUACCAACCAGUAAGAAUUCCGGCUCUCACAGACCUGUUAGUUUUUCUACAGUUUUCAACUGCUCUCACAGUUGAAGUGGUACCUAUGAUAAAAAUUACAGACCUCUACAUGCUUUGUAAGUAGGAAACCCUGCAAAAUCAGCAGUGUAUCAAAUACUUCUUCUCCCCACUGUAUAUACCGGCUCUAGUGAAAAGUAGUGCACUAUACAGGGUGCUAUUUGGGAUACUGGAACACUCCGUGUACAGCCUCUCUAACCCGUGUGUGUGUGUGUGUGUGUGUGUGUGUGGUCCGGUGGUUGUGUCAUUAAAAAAUAAGUUUGUUGUGGCUUCUAUAAGGAGAAUUAAAUAACGUGCUUUUCCAGUUCUAAUGUCAUGUCACAACAGAAACCUAUUUUUUCAAACGUAAAAUGCCUUUUUGAACGAAAGUUCUACAAAAAUAUGUCUAUUUUAAUAUUUACUUGUUACAUGACGUGUACAUAUUUGUAAUAUAUAAUUGAAUAAAUUUUAUUGGUUGUGAAUUCAAAA